AUGAAGUCCUUGCUGUUCAUCACCCUUCUUUGCUUUACCCAGAGAGUGCUGGCCAGCAUCUUUGAAUAUGAGGCUGAAACCCAGCCCCUUCGUCCAUGUGAACUUUGGCGGGAGAAGGCCUUUCGUGAUGGAGAAGACUACAUCCCUCAAUGCUCAGAAGACGGACAGUUUAGGAACAUACAGUGCAAUAAAAAUGGGGUUUCCUGCUGGUGUGUAGAUGAAAAGGGCAUUGAGGUCCCAGGGACUAAACAGUCUGGAUCGUCUCUGACUUGUUUGUCCUUCUGCCAGCUUCAAAAGCAGCAGAUUCUGGUCAGCCGUUACAUCAAUAGCAGUGAAACUGCCUACAUACCACAGUGUCUGGAUUCAGGUGACUUUGACCCCAUACAGUGUGACUUGGCUGUGGAACAAUGCUGGUGCGUGGACGGCGAAGGGAUGGAGAUUUAUGGGACCAGGCAGAAAGGAAAACCAAGGCAAUGUCUGGAAAUGUUGCUUGAAAAUGUGUACGACACAGUUUUUGCAUCACUGGAACCAGCUCCUACCUUUGCUGAAAGUAGCAUGUACAGGAUCCUACAGAGACGUUUCCUGGGAGUGCAACUUGCAACAACUGGAAGGUUCAGAUGCCCUUCCAAGUGUGAAAUAGAGUAUUUCACUGCCACUCGUUUUGAGGAGGAUUAUAAACCAUUGUGUGAAGAUAAUGGUGCCUACAAGCCGAUGCAAUGUCAACUUAAUGGAGAAUGUUGGUGUGUCGACAACAGAGGACAGGAGAUCCCUGGAACAAGAAGGAGAGGAGAGCAACCAAUCUGUGACAAGGCGCCCACCUGUGUCUCUGAGAGACUAGUAUCUCUGUCCAGGCUUUUCUAUGGCCCCGUUGGACAUUUCAGUCAUAACAAUUUGUUUUCUGCUACUCAAGAGCCGGGGAAAAUAGUUGGCUCCUCAAGAUUUUGUCCCUUUUUAUUCAGAUACUUUUUUGAGGGUUCCACGGAGCUGCCUUCCAUCUCAGAGGGAAACAGCGCCACUCAGCUCUUCACAUUUGCAAGUCUCCUUGGUGAAGCAGUUGAUGGGAUGUUUCCUUCACGAGAACUUGCUCAGGUUGCUCUACGAUUUACCAACAACCCCAAGCGAUUCCAAGAAAACCUUUUCGGUGGGAUGUUCUUGAAGAAUCUGGUCCAGUUUAACUUUACAGGAGCCCUUGGCCCAAACAGCAAAUUUAAUUUGGACAAGUAUUUCCAGCAGGUUGGGAUAAGAAGCGGAUUCAGUAAACUGGCUGGUCAACUUUUGCAGGGAAGCUCCCAGGAGAAGUUUAAUCUGAGCCAAUCUCUCAUUGACAGUUUUGGUCGAACGGUCAAUUUAGAGGACAAUCAGAAUGCCGUCAAAUUCCUUGCUUCUCUUCUUGAAGCCCCAGAGUUUUUCACUUUUCUGCAGCAUGUGAUUUCUGUCCCAGAAAGUGUCACCAAAGAUUUAGGCAAUGUGGCGACGAUUCUGUUGAAAGCAAGAGACUGCACAGAAGAAGACAAUGAUGUCUUUGUGCCAGACUGUACUGAAGAUGGGAACUACAAGGAGAUUCAGUGUAAGAGAGGGGAGUGUUGGUGCGUAGAUUUAAGGGGAAAAGAAAUCCCCGGAUCCAGAGUACGAGGAACAAACCCACGGUGCCCCACAAUGUGUGAAAAGCAAAGGGCCAGUUUGCAACUCUUAAUUAGAGACCAGCCUGCAGGAUCUCAGAUAUUUGUUCCUUCAUGCACCAAAGAAGGCAAAUUCCUGCCAGUCCAGUGCCAUGGGAAAAACUGUUUCUGCGUCAAUUCAGAAGGCACACCUGUUCCAGGAAUAAAUACCAAUUCUGGAGACCCCAUACAAUGUCCAACUGACUGCCAUCUUGCAGCUGGUAAAGCUUUUCUAAGAUCUGCCAAGCAGUUUCUCUUGAAUCCCGCUUCUUUGACUCAACUGUCCAGCGUUUAUGUACCUCAGUGCAGUCUGGAUGGUCAGUGGAGGCCAGUCCAAUGCAAUGGUCCACCUGAACAGGCAUUUGAAUGGUACCAAAGAUGGAAUGCUCAGAACAAUAACGACAAGGUGCUUACCAUCGUUGACUUGGCUAACGUACUCCUAGACUACAAGGCAAGGUCUCAGCAAAACUUUGAAGAUUUCAUCAACAUACUCUAUGCUGCGGGACGCCAGAAUAUGUUCCCAGAAUUUUCCAAAUACUCAUCUUUGGAAGCUGUUCCUGGAGAGCUGCUGGAGGGCAAAACAUUAGAAUCCUCUGAGAAUGUUUUACUGAACCCAUUCACCUUUUGGCAGCUUCUUCAAGGUCGGCUUAACUAUUAUCCAGGAUCUUACAGUGAUUUUAGCAUCCCCUUGGGACAUUUUGAUCUUCGCAACUGUUGGUGUGUGGAUGAAAAGGGACGCAUGCAAGGAAGCCAAGCCAGUGUAAACCAAGUUCCAACUUGUCUUGGAACAUGUGAAUCUGCAAAACGAGAAGCUGUGGAAUUUGUUAACAAGGUGGAACAACUUAUUCAGGAGUCAAACAGCUCUCAUUUUCCUUUCGGACAAAGCUUUUUAAUGAGCCAAGUGUCCAUGUUAAGAGGCCAAGAGCUUUGGAGUAAUUCUUCUCAUCUGGAAAGCACUUUUGCAGAAAUACUGUUGGCAGGGAAUGAUUAUGCCAUCCAGCUGGCUGCACAAUCCACUUUGCAAUUUUAUCGGAAGAGUCUAUUUGCAUCCCCAAACUCCCCUGGCAAGGUUCAACGCUUGGCAUUUCAGCCUUAUAUCCCCCAGUGUGAUGGAAAAGGGAACUGGGAGCCCAUCCAGUGCUAUGAGAGCACAGGUCACUGUUGGUGUGUAGAUGAGAUGGGACGUUAUGUUUCGGAUUCCUUGGUGACACGCUCAACACAACUGCCCGAGUGCCCCAGCUUCUGCAGUCUGGUGAAAUCGAAGGUUCUGGUGCGAGAAAUCGGUAGAGGCUACAUCCCGGAGUGUGACGACGAUCGUCAGAGUUUCUCUCCAGCACAAUGCAGUGGAGACCAAGCAAGCUGUUGGUGUGUCCUUGACAAUGGCCAGGAGGCUCCAGGGACAAGAGUUAAUGGCCAGAGGCCUGCCUGUGAACGACUGCAGCCAUUCCAAAGUAUCCAGGUUCAAACCCAGUUUCAGCUCAUCUUGCCUCCAGAGAAGACCUGCAGCCCUGAUUAUUCCGGGUUGCUGGAGACAUUCCAGAUCUUCAUUCUGGAUGAGCUGAAGUCUCGUGGCUUUUGCCAUAUCCAGGUCAAUACUUUGGAGAACUUGUUGUCUGUUCCAGUCUGUGGAGAUUCUGCUGUCCUGGUUGAGUGUGCAGCUGCUGACCGUCUGGGAGCGAAUGUCACAUGGCAAGCUAUGCUCGAAAAUGUGCCAGCUACUGCACUUCCUGACUUAUACGACAUCGAGAAAGCCAUGGUUGGUGAGAAUCUCCUUGGACGUUUUGAAGAGCUGAUCAAGAGCGGUGGCUUUAUCUUCCAAUUGGACAACAAGCAAUUCCGAGCAGACACUUUCAUCCGUGUUCCUGGAAAAGGAAAUUCCGGCAUGUUUCCUAAAGUUUCUUUGGGAUGCAAGGAUGGUUUUCACAAAGUCUUAACUACUGGAGAAGUGAUACUGAAUUCUCAAGGAUGUGCUGCCUGUCCUCCAGGUUCCUCCUUUCAGAACGGGGGCUGCAUUCCAUGCCCUUCUGGAUUCUAUCAAGACCAAGCAGGAAGUAACUUGUGUGUCAAAUGUCCUCUUGGGACACUGACUGUCUCUCCUGGAGCUUUCAGAGCCGAUCACUGUAUUACUGAUUGCCAGAGGAAUGAGCAAGCUGGACGGUGUGAUGAAAAUGGCCAGUAUAGACCUUCUUACAAAGAUCUUUCCACCCAAAAGUCAUUUUGUGUUGACAGCAAUGGAAAGAGAUUAGACUGGACAGAGACAGAUGGUUCUUGGACAGAUUCCCAGUGUUCAGUCCUCAGACGUUUUGAGAAGGUUCCUGUUUCCAAUCUUAUCUUCACCACGGAAGAAUCAGAAAUGGUCAGAACUAAAACACUCCAAGGAACACCUAUGAACACCCUUCAGCAAUGUGUUGCAGGACAAGAAUUCACUAUGGUGGGAGUCAAAACAUUGGAGAAGACCGAUUUCCAGGAUGUUGUUUCUGGCGUGUACAGCAUUUCGGUUAUAUCAGCAUCUGGUACAUCUUUGACAGAUGUUCAUCUCUUCUGCCGCCAAACCUGUCAGCAAGAUGCUUGCUGUGAUGGCUUUAUCUUAAGCCAGCUGAUACUUGAUGGAGGCAGUAUUGCAUGUAGCCUGCUGAGUUCUCCAAGCGCUUUGAUCUGCAACCUUAAUGACUGGGAUGGAAGCUCAACCCGCGGACAAGGUGACAUAUGUCAACGUGCAAAGUACAGUGAAGGGAAGAGCCAAUACACAGUCAGAAUUGGAGAGCAAGUGCUUACUAGAGCUUCCGAGCUUGCAGAAGAUCCAGAAAAAUUCUUCCCCAGUUUUCAGCGUGUUUAUUUCUGGAAAGUAUCUCUUGAAGGGAGCAUCAAGAAUUUUUACACUCGUCUACCGUUCCGCAAAAUAUCAGGAAUCUCUGUGAGAAACAAGAUGGAUAUGUCUAGGAAAACGGUGUCAAAGGGUUUUUUUGACUGUGAACGGCUUUGCGAUGCUGAUCCUUGCUGCUCGGGUUUUGGACUUCUAAAUGCUUCCCAAGACAUAGACAGCAAGAUCUUGUGUUUGACUCUGGGCAGUUUGGGAAUUCAAACCUGCAGUGAGGAAUUAAGAAGUGAUUGGCAAAUUUCUCCUUGUAUGUCUCUGGAAACUGAGGCCAGGGUGCAUCCCUUCGGCUGGUAUCAGAAAUCCUUGACCUUGGACAAAUGGCAACGUUUGGACAGGACCUCCACUAUUCUUGAUCCUUCCAUUUCUAAAUAUGAUGUCAUCCAGAUCAGCAGGGAUCCUUCCAGUGAGUUUGCUGCCAUCCGAGAUUUUUGUCUCUCAGUUUGUUCAAAGGACAGUCUGUGCCUACUGGCCACUCUUGAAAUGUUGCCAUCGGCAGCACGAUGCGUGUUCUACCCAGAAACACAGACUUGUACCCUGAGUCUUCAAGGCCACCGCUGUCGUAUUUUGCUCAAGGAGCCGGCUACUUACAUCUAUCGAAAGCAAGGCUUAAAGCUUCUUCUCAAAGAAAACAAUGAGCCUUCAGUAUUCAUCCCAUCCCAAGGGACCAUGUUGGGAAUCUCUCGAGUAAUUCGGGUGGGUUCUGAAUGGAAGAGCAUUGGACAAUUCCUCGGAGUUCCAUAUGCAGCGCCUCCGGUGGGAGAGAAUCGGUUCCAUCCUCCACAGCCUUUCACCUGGACAGACUUCUGGAAUGCAACCACAACCCGAGCUAACUGUUGGCAACCAGGAGAUGAUAGCCUUUCUUCAGUCAGUGAAGAUUGCUUGUUUUUGAACAUCUUUGUCCCACAGAACAAUGGAGGGAAUCUACCAGUGCUGGUUUUCUUCCACAACAGCAUAAAUGAUGACGACCAAGGCAAAAAAGCAUCCCUUGAUGGUUCUUACUUAGCUGGAGUUGGAAAUCUCAUCGUCAUAACUGCAAAUUACCGUGUUGGAGUUUUUGGCUUUUUUAGCAGUGGUUCCAGUGCUGCAGGUGGAAAUUGGGGACUUCUGGAUCAAGACAUAGCUCUACAAUGGAUAAGGAGGAACAUUGCAAGGUUUGGGGGAGAUGCAGGACAGAUAACAAUUGGAGCACCUGACAGGGGAGCGGAUAUUAUCAGCAUUCACCUUCUUAAGAGAGCUUCAAACCCAAUCCUCUUCAAGAGGGCACUACUGAUGGGAGGUUCUGCUUUCUCUCCAGCGAUAACACUCAGCAAAGAGAAAGCACAAUCCCAAGCCGCCAUUUUGGCUCGCGAAGUGGGCUGCCCAUCAACCAGCAGUUCUGAAAUUGUCUCGUGCCUUCGCCGGUUGCCUGCCAAGACACUCAACGAUGCACAAACCAAGCUCCUCACCAUAAGUGGCCCAUUCCAAUAUUGGGGUCCAGUUGUUGAUGGUUCCUACGUGCAGGAACCUUUUCCAGCUGCUUUGCAACGUUCCCGACUUUCAAAGUUGGACCUACUCGUUGGAAGUGCUCAACAAGAUGGGCUGAUCAGUCGUGCAAAGGCAAUUAAGCGUUUUGAAGAAAGACAAGGCCGGGCCAAUAGCAAAACCGCUUUUUAUCAAGCCCUCCAAAACUCUUUGGGCGGUGAAGAGUCUAAUCUUCUCAUCCAGGAUGCAACUACGUGGUUUUAUUCCCUCAAACACUCAUCCACAGAGUAUGCUUCCUUUUCCAGAGCAUUGGAAAAUGCCACUCGAGACUACUUCAUCAUUUGCCCAACUAUAGAUAUGGCAAAGGAAUGGGCUAAUAGCAAGAGAGGAAAUAUUUUCAUGUACCAUGUGCCAGACAGCAAUUCCUUGAGCAGCCUGGAAUAUAUUCCUGAUGUUCAGCUUGCGUUUGGCCUACCCUUUUAUCCUCAGUAUAAAAACCGAUAUACGCAGGAAGAGAAGACUCUUUCAUUAGUCAUUAUGCAGUAUUUGUCCAACUUUGUAAAAUCUGGAAAUCCAAAUAACCCUUAUGAAUUUUCAAGAAAGAGGCCAGAAGGACUCUCGCCUUGGCCUUUGUUUCGUGCAGACGCGGGUGGAGACAAUUACAAAGAGUUUACUGCUUCUUUACCAAACCAUAAAGGACUGAAAAAAUCUGAAUGCUCCUUCUGGGAUUACAUCAAAACUGUAAAAAGUUUGACAAGUUGCCAAAGAGAGCAACCUGUUUCAAGUAGGCCCACAAAAGGACUGGCUGUGACGCCCAUGUCUAAGACUACUACAGUGAAGUUGCUCGAAGACAAGGCAGCCUACAGCAAAUAGAGCAGACCGUUUUGCUCUAUGGUACCCUGAAGUGGUGAAAUAAUCAGAAUAUUGUAUGCCUCUGAAGGAAGAACUGGCUUUGCUACGUUGUAGUGACAUCUCUGUAAUAGGCGGUUAUUAGUAAUAGUAUGCUAGAUACGACAGUUGCCUUGCAAGCUAAGCCAAAACAUAAAAUACUAUAAACUGGGCACAGCU